AGCCACAUAUGUUGUCAAAAAAAAAAAAAAACGGUCGCUAAGAAUUUAGUUAUUUCCGCCUGUUGAAGGCUUGAAGCUCUCUCAAAUCUCUGCUAGAUUCUACUGUUAUGGCAUCCAUCCUCAGAUCGAAAUCGGUUCUUCUCAUUCUUUACAUACAAUUAUGUCUUUCUCUCCUCGCUCCGGCACUCGCGAUUUCUUCCGGGUCUGGCGAUGGUUACGCCAUUAAUGGUCAAGUGAAGAUUGAAGGUGUGGGUGCAAAAGGUUUUGGUCUUCCUGGAAAACUAUCCGACGUCAAAGUUAUGCUUAAUGGUGGCCAAAGCAUCACUUUUCUAAGGCCUGAUGGAUAUUUUUCGUUCUAUAACGUGUCAGCAGGGACUCAUUUAAUUGAAGCGGCUGCGAUAGGCUAUUUCUUUUCUCCAGUGCGAGUUGAUGUUAGUGCCAGAUUCCCAGGCAAGGUUCAGGCGGCAUUGACAGAGAACAGGAGAGGUCUGAGUGAGUUGGUAUUAGAGCCACUGAAAGAUGAACAGUAUUAUGAGAUUAGGGAACCCUUCUCCAUAAUGUCUGUUGUCAAAAGCCCAAUGGGUCUUAUGGUGGGAUUUAUGCUGGUGGUUAUGUUCCUAAUGCCCAAAUUAGUGGAGAACAUGGAUCCUGAGGAAAUGAGGCGAGCACAAGAAGAAAUGAGGCAACAAGGGGUUCCCUCCCUAGCAAACUUUUUACCAGGAGCACAGAGAUAAAUUUUGAUCAAAUUGGGCUCAUCCACACCAUCUCAGGAGCUGAAAAAUUCUGCAGCAUUGUGAUAGAGAGGCAUUAUUGGUAUUCAGCAGAAGAUUCAUGUACACAGUUAUCAAUUCUCUCUUAUGAUACUUUAUAAUUUGUUUAUUCUGAUGCUUCUGGAAGGUUGUGUUGUUAACAAUGUCAAUGAUUAGCGGAGACUUUACCCAUUAUGUUGGUUCAUGAUUUUUAAGAUUGUCUCAAAAUUUGUAUUCUUAGUAUCAUUAUUUUGUUUGCUUGAAGAGCAGAUAAAAGUACUAAUAUUUAUGUUCC